AUUACAACCUCGAGCUCGAAGCGAACUUUAGAGAGAGAAAGGAAGAGGAGAGAGAGAGAGAGAGAGAGAGAGAGAGAUCGUAAUUAUAUUGAUGGAGGAGAGUUCAACUGGGGCACUGGUCCCGGCGGUGAAGUCGGAGCAUCCUAUGAUGUCGAUCUCCGCCGCCGCGUCGAUGGAUCCCCGAGCGGAGACGGACGGGACCGCCGAUGGAGUCUCGGCGGAGCUCGACAAGGAUUUUCUUUGUCCGAUUUGCAUGCAGAUGAUUAAGGUGGCAUUUCUCACCGCUUGCGGCCAUAGCUUUUGCUACAUGUGUAUCAUCACUCACCUCCGCAACAAGAACGAUUGCCCUUGCUGCGCUCAAUACCUCACCACGAAGCAGCUCUUCCCCAAUUUUUUGCUCGACAAGCUACUAAAGAAAACUUGUGCUAGUCAAAUAUCAAAGACAGCAUCCCCAGUGGAGCAAUUUCGUCAGUCGUUACAACAGGGUUGUGAAGUGUCUAUUAAGGAGCUUGACAUUCUCUUGGCACUCCUAGCUGAUAAAAAGAGGAAAAUGGAACAAGAAGAAGCUGAAAAAAACAUGCAAAUCUUGCUCGACUUCUUGAGUUGCUUGAGAAAGCAAAAAGUGGAUGAGCUUAACGAGGUGCAAACUGAUCUCCAGUUUAUUAAAGACGACAUAAGCUCUGUAGAAAGACAUAGGAUGGAUUUGUAUCGUGCCAGAGAUAGAUAUUCCCUAAAGCUGCGGGCAGGUGGAGAUGAUUCAAGUGCAAGAAAAUCAUGGCCUUCAUUGAUUGAUCAGAAUAGUAGUGGUCCUAUCUCCAGUUCUUUUAAUAUACGUGGUGGAAUGUCUUCUGGGAAUCAUCAAAUUAAGAAAGCCGAUGGAUGGGGUCAAAUAAAUUCUUCUGGACUCCAGAGAAAAGACUCUGUGAGUGGAUCAGAUUCACAGUAUGUUAAUUCAUCAGGGCAAGCUGUAGUGAGAAAAAAGCGAGUCCACGCACAGUUUAAAGACCUGCAAGAGUGUUACCUGCAAAAGCGACGUCAAUUGGCGAACCGAUUGAAUAAUUUACAAGAAAGGGAUAAAAAUGUCAUACUCAGAGAUGGUUACAAUGCAGGUCUUGCAAAUUUUCAAUCAGUUUUGAGUACGUUCACACGCUAUAGCCGAUUGAGAGUUAUUGCUGAACUUCGGCAUGGGGAUCUCUUUCAUUCAGCCAAUAUAGUAUCAAGCAUAGAAUUUGAUCGCGAUGAUGAGUUCUUUGCCACUGCUGGUGUGUCACGGUGCAUAAAAGUUUUUGAUUUCUCCACGGUUGUGAAUCAACCUUCCGAGCUACACUGUCCCGUUGUUGAGAUGUCUACACGCUCAAAACUUAGUUGCUUGAGUUGGAACAAAUUUGUUAAGAACCAUAUAGCCAGUAGUGAUUAUGAGGGCAUAGUAACUGUUUGGGAUGUAAACACUCGACAGAGUGUGAUGGAAUAUGAAGAGCAUGAAAAACGUGCGUGGAGUGUUGACUUUUCACGGACAGAACCGUCGAGGCUUGUAUCUGGUAGUGAUGAUUGUAAGGUUAAGGUUUGGUGCACACAGCUGGAAUCUAGUGUUAUUAACAUUGACAUGAAAGCAAACAUAUGUUGUGUCAAGUACAACCCUGGAUCUAGCAAUUACAUUGCGGUUGGUUCAGCAGACCAUCACAUCCACUAUUACGAUUUAAGAAAUUACAGCCAGCCGCUUCACGUGUUCAGUGGGCAUAAGAAAACUGUUUCGUAUGUGAAAUUCUUGUCAAACAACGAGCUUGCCUCUGCAUCAACAGACAGUACAUUACAGUUAUGGGAUGUGCAGGAUAAUAAGCCUCUUCGCACUUUUAAAGGACACACAAAUGAGAAGAACUUUGUUGGUCUCUCAGUAAAUAGCGAGUACAUUGCUUGUGGCAGCGAAACAAACGAAGUGUUUGUCUACCAUAAGGAAAUUUCAAACCCUGUGACAUGGCAUAGAUUUGGUUCGCCCGAUUUGGACGAUGUGGAAGAUGAUGCAGCAUCUUACUUCAUCAGCGCUGUAUGCUGGAAGAGAGACAGCCCCACCAUGCUCACCGCUAACAGUCAGGGAACCAUUAAAGUGCUUGUUCUUGCAGCCUAAAGGACAAAACUAAAUAAGUUUAGAGAUUGAAGCUGGAACGGGAUAAAUAUAUUCCAUCCUUUUUUUGUUCUUCUUGAUUUAAAGUUGGGAUAAAGCCGUUGCUGCAUUAUUAAAUGUAAUUAUUCUUGUGCAUAUUAUUGAAAUGUAAAAUUGGUAGGCUUUAGAAGGGCAUGGAAUGUAGUUGUACUAAUAAAUUUUGAGUUGAAAAACGAUUACUUAUAGAGUUGAAUUCUUAAAAGCA